AAGCUAGCAACACAGAAGUUAGCAAGCUAGCAACACAGACGUUAACAAGCUAGCAACACAGAAGUUAUCAAGCUAGCAACACAGAAGUUAGCAAGCUAGCAACACAGACGUUAACAAGCUAGCAACAGAAGUUUAAUGUAUGAGAGGAGUGAAUGGGGCUAAUGUCAAAAUUAGCCAAAAAAACAAAACCCAAACAUGGACGUAACGUGUUUGUAGCUUCAUUUAACCGCAGAGUAAACCAUGGUGCCAUUAAAGAGAAGAAAAGUCUCCUCUAAUGUCGGGGACAAUAAUCCUGAAGCACCAAACAAGUUCCCUCAGGUGGUUUUAUUCCUGCUGGAGAGAAAGAUGGGAGCGAGUCGACGAGCUUUCCUCUCUCAGCUCGGUCGGAGGAAAGGAUUUCAGGUGGAGGAGUUGUUCAGUGAAAGCGUCACACACGUCGUUUCUGAAAACAACUCGGGGCUCGAGGUCAGGACGUGGCUGGACUCUCAGGGCAGGGGUCAAGGCCGGACCCCGGUUCACCUCCUGGACAUCAGCUGGUACACAGAGAGCAUGAGAGCAGGACUUCCUGUCCAGAUCCUGGACACACAUAAACUACAGGAGCAGCGGACGGAUGACGCUGAGGUGGUGGUGUUCUGCGUUCCCAGCUACGCCUGUCAGAGAAGAACCACCCUGGAGAACCACAACACCAUCCUCACUGACGCUCUGUCGCUCCUGGCUGAAAACGCUGAGCUCAGUGACCAGGAGGGACGAAGCGUCGCGUUCCGUCGAGCCGCCGCCGUGAUGAAGGCUCUGCCCGGAGCGGUGACGGGCGUGACGCAGCUCAGAGGGCUGCCCUGUCUCGGAGAACACUCACUGAGAGUCAUCAAGGACAUUUUGGAGACUGGAGCAUCAGCUGAGGUCGAAUCUACGAAGCAGUCUGAGCGAUAUAAAGCACUAAAGGUGUUAACAGGUAUUUUUGGAGUCGGACCAAAAACAGCGGAGCGAUGGAUCAGAGAGGGAAUACACACUCUGCAGCAGCUGCAGGACUCAGGACACACACUCAACCGAGCGCAACAGGCAGGUCUGCAGCACUACGACGACCUCAACCAGCCCGUCGCCAAGGCGGAGGCCGACGCCAUCGCAGAGGUCGUGGAGAGAGCCGUCGUUUCUGUGUCACCAGGAGCUCAGGUCACUCUGACCGGAGGAUUCAGGAGAGGGAAGCCGACCGGCCACGACGUUGACUUCCUGAUCACCCACCCGGAGGAAGGCGGAGAGGACGGACUCAUGUCGAAAGUGGUGUCCCGGCUGGAGUCACAGGGUUUCCUGUUGUACCAGAAAACCACCAGAAACUCUUACCUGGAGUCUAAGGACGGCCCUGCUCGUCCCGCCUCCAACAUGGACCGCUUUGAGAGGUGCUUCUCCAUCUUUAAACUUCACGAGGACGAGGGAAGAGGAACAGGACACCCGGGGACACCGACAGGAAACACAGCGGCGGCGAACUCGGGCAGUCCCGGAGACUCGGACUCUCGGAGUCAGAUCCACGGAGGCGAACAGAGACUCCUCGUGUCUGGUGAGGACGGAGGACCGGAGGAGACGAAACCUGCCGGACACAGACCGUGGAGAGCUGUGAGAGUGGACCUGGUGGUUUCUCCCAUCAGCCAGUUCGCUUUCGCUCUGCUGGGCUGGACCGGAUCCAAGCUGUUUGAGAGAGAGCUGCGACGAUGGGCGGGACAUGAGAAGACCAUGUCUCUGAGCAGCCACGCUCUCUAUGACAAUAAACAGGUAUCUGAGAGCGACGUCAGAGCAGGAGAUCUUUGCUCACCUGGGGCUGGAGUUCAUCCCACCGUCGGAGAGAAACGCCUGAAGAGACCUGAUGACGAGCUGCUGCUGCUUCUGCUGGAGCAACGUGAGGGUUAUCACCUGGAGGAGGAAGGGUUAACGCAGCCCGGUGGCGUGUUGUUGCAGGUAACGUGAGACAAUUAAACAGCGUCCAGGAAGUUUGAGUAACAGAUACAUGAGUUUAAACACGUCUCUGAAACAGUAAGAACCGUCAUGAAGGAGAAUUCACUGCAGGACUGCUGCUUUAGUUUUAGCUUGGUGUUCCUAAUGAACUGACAGCCGAGUGUCGGUGUCUACCGAGAUCAUAAAUGUUGUGACUUUACUUUUACCUCUGAAAUACGAGCUCCUGUCCGGAGGCGUUUGUUUUAACCUGCUGAACUCUACAAUCUGUUUGUGCCAUGAUUGUAUUUUAUAAUAAAAUGUGGAUGAAUUGAG